AUGGAUAUUUUAUCUACUCUAAGACUUCUACAGAAGGCAAGAACUGAGGAUCUUCAGAGCUAUCAUGACGAGGUGUUGUUAAUGCUGGCUGACAUGAGCAAGCGAUUGAAAUCAGACAAUUCCUCCAUCAGUGACAGUAGAGGCGAAUAUAUAUCCAUUGGAUCAAGGUAUUCCGUUACUUCAGAUGGCUCAGCCCAGUCUAGUGAUGAAGAAGCAUCCGACAGCAAGAACAGCAUUACAACAAGUCAUAACACGCCACUGUCCGGUCAGCUCUUCUCAGAUGGUUUAGAGAAGGAAACAGGGCCUACAGACCCUAGCACCAGGGAUUCUAAACCUCCUCAAGAUCCAGUACUCAGCCCUAAAAUACCCACAUCCUGGCCGAACAAAUUGUUCAAAUCAUUCGCGGACACUCUUCAGUGGCUCUAUACGUUCUCAAGAGAUCGCCCAGGUGAUAUUAUAAAAGCACAAAGAAUGGAGAAAAGGGACCGUAGGAUUGAGGAUAUCCAACAUGUGGAAGGUAGUAAACUUGCCAGGAAGAGUAAUCAAUUUUUCAAGGGGAUGGCACAGCGGUCAAUGGGUCUCAAAUAUACAAACUACCAACUUGCUGCCGGAGAACCUACCCGAGUCAGUGAACUUUGUGAAGGCGUUCGAUAUUCCGAUUCCCGUCUUAUCAAGAAAAGACCAGGAAUUGCCAAAAGAUAUCUCACAAGCACCGAACUUAAAUCUGACGAGAAAGAGACCAUUCUGCGGGGUAUAAACGUCGGUGUGAAGCAACUGGUACUCAAGGAGCUCUUUAGGAGGCAACUGCAGGAAUCUAGAAGAUCCAAUCUACCAGGCGCGAUAUCUGCAUUUACUGCCUUGAAUGCAAAUGCUUUCAUUCACCUACAUUUCAAAGACUUCCCUCAGUUUAUUGACCUUAUACUCCCUCCCAAGCCCGAAGCUGAAAUCCCACGUAUACAAUUAUCCACAGGGCCGAAUAGUCUCAAGUCCUUCCAGAUCCCAGAUGUCUUGGUGUCCUUAUCAAAAUGGUUCAGCGAGUUUCAAAUUGCUUAUAAUGGUAAGAUACCUGGCUCACUUAACCUCUACAACUCAUCUAAUAAUGUCAGCAGACAUAUCCUCUUCUAUAUCACCUGA